AUGUGGGGCCCACAGCAGCCCCCCGGCACCUGCACGCUGCUGGUCCUGCUGCUCGCAUUCCCGAUGCCACGGGCACAAGCGACACAUCCUGACUGCUCCGUAGUCCUCUAUUUCCAAGAGCAAGAAGCUGAAUGUCUGGAGGUUAUCAGGAGCGAAAGGCAAGCACCAGCCCCCCCUGGGCAGCAAGGUUGCAGAGAGCACAUGGAUGCGGGGAGCUGCUGGCCGGCCGUCCCCCGCGGCCAGUCCCGGGCCCUCGCCUGCCCCAACAUCCUCCACGUCUUCAAGAGGACUAAAGCGCUGAUCUGGAGGAACUGCACCGAGUCGGGAUGGAGCCUCCCCAGCCCUCCCUACUACAGCGCCUGCGAGCUGGAGCCCAUCGGCAGCAACGCCACCACCGAGGCCAAGAGAGGCUAUUUUGUCACCAUGAAGGUGCUUUACACCUGCGGCUACUCCACGUCCCUGGCAGCCCUGUUCUUGGCCAUCGGCAUCUUCUCCUGCUUCAGGAAGCUGCAUUGCACCAGGAAUUCUAUCCACAUCCACUUCUUCACCUCCUUCAUACUGCGCGGAGCCGCUGUGUUCAUCAAGGAUGCUGUCCUCUUCUCAGAUGAGUCCAUCGAUCACUGCACCAUGUCAACGGUGAACUGCAAAGCAGCCAUCGCCUUCUUCCAGUACUCGGUCCUGGCCAACUUCUACUGGCUGCUGGUGGAGGGCAUGUACCUGCAGACCCUGCUGCUGCUCACCUUCACCUCUGACAAGAGGUACAUCUGGUGGUACAUCCUCAUCGGCUGGGGCGUUCCCAUGCUUACAGUCUGCAUAUGGGUGGUCACCAGGCUGCAGUACGACAACCACGGGUGCUGGGAUGACUACAGCAACCCUUACUGGUGGGUGAUCAAGGCUCCCAUCCUCCUGGCCAUAUUUGUGAACUUCCUUAUCUUCCUCAAUGUCACCAGGAUGUUAGCACAGAAGAUCCGCUCCCCGGACAUUAGCAAGAACUACAAGCAGCAGUACAUGAGGCUGACGAAGUCCACGCUGCUCCUCAUCCCCCUUUUCGGGGUGCACUAUGUGGUGUUCGCGCUCUUCCCCGAGCACGUCGGUGUGGAUGCUCGGCUGUACUUCGAGCUGGUCCUCGGCUCCUACCAGGGGUUCCUGGUGGCUCUGCUGUACUGCUUCCUCAAUGGGGAGGUCCAGGCUGAGAUCAAGAGGAACUGGGGCAAGUGGCAGUCGUCUAUGGAGAGCAACGUCUUCAACCUGGUGACCCAGGACUUCACGGCGUGA